UCACUUUCCCAACAACUUAGGCAAAAACGUAUUAAAUCUUCAUCUACUUCUCUGAAAUUGAAAUCUGAAAUCAGAACCGAAUGAUCUUCUACCAAUUAAGAGCUAGUCAGUGCGUUGGUGUGUUAGUGCUUAUGAAUGGCUUCUGAGGACCAAGGUUAGCAGAACAGAGCCCUGGAGACCAGCACAGGGAAGAGGAAGGAGAAACUCUGUCACAGUGUAGUGGCAAGGCCAGUCCACCUCAGCCCUGCAGUAUCUAUAGAUACCAAUGGAACAGUGGCAGUUCCCAAGUGGAUACGCAGUCACACAGCCUGGACAGAAGGUCAAGGACCUCUUUGGCCCUGAGAGAGAGGCAGCACUGAAAGCUAUACAGACAGGUGUGUAUGUGGGCUGGAGAUGUCCAGACUUUACCUGGGAUUGUUUCAGAGUGGGCAACUCCUCCAUGUGCUUCUGUGGACAUCACCUGUAUGAGCAUGGGAAAUACACAGGCUCCAGUGUGCGUGUGCCCUGCUUGGUCCCAUCAUGUAGCUGCGGGGCCUUUGCCUUCAUGCCAUCCCAUCCAGAAGAGGUGGGGGAGCCCUGGGUUAGAAGGAGACCAGGGUUUGACUCCCAGGUCUGGAGGGCCCUCUGUCGCUGCAAACACCCCCACCAGCAACACUCUCCCAGGGCAGGACACUCCUGCAGGGUUGGAGGAUGUCGCUGUGUUAUUUUCCACUCCAGUUUCCUGUGUGCCUCAUGUGACCAGCACUGGGAGCAGCAUGAGACGUUCUUUGACACUGAGCAGUCCAGGAGGAAGCAGGGCCUGCCAUUUGGAGAGGCAUACAUGCCCUUUGCAGAGGUCCCCACCCUGAGAAAUGCUGUUUUAACAGGCAGAUUGAAGGACACCUAUGCCUUGUCAGACAGCACAGGCAGAGCAAAGGAACCCUCAGCCUUCACUGUCAGCACAAGAAAGGCUGUUUAAUCAUCAUCAUUCAGAGGGGGGUGGGUAAUCAACUUUAAACUACUGACAUCCACAUUACUGCUUAUUUUUCAUUUUGUUACUUUUAUUACUUUUAUUACUUUUUUUACACGCCAGAUACACAUUUAUACAAACGAACAGCAACUUACAGACACACACAAACGAUGACUGCCCAGACCCGCAUGCUCACACCCCCAUCCCUAGUGUCUGCAUUAUUGUUUGCCACUUGGCCUUAAAUUGUGCCAAUUCGUUUUUCUCGGUCACCCAUGCUAUUUCAAUCUUUCAGUAAUAAAUCAUUAAAUUUUUCC